AUGAAGAAAUUUUCUCAACAAAUUUUGCUACUGAAUCUUGUUUUCUUUAGUUUUAUAGAUGAUACAUAUUCAAAGCCUAGCUGUCCUACGGUUGAUAAAUGUGGAAAUGUUAUCAUACCUUAUCCCUUUUCAACUGUAGAUGACUGCUACCUUGACGAGUCUUACUACAUACAAUGUGACAGUGUAACACAAAUUCCCCGCCUAAACAUAUCUAACUCCACCAUGUAUCGAAACGGAGAGUUUGAUAGUAGUGGUUAUCUAGAAGUCUUUGAGAUAAAUCUUGACGGCCAUCUAAUAGUGGCUCUACCAGCUGCGUAUGGUUGCCCUGCAGAGAAUGGAAGUUUAUUUUCCGAAGAGUACACAACAAUAUCAGUUAAAACAUCUAAUUUCCCCUUCUCAAGCACGCAAAACAAGUUCAUCGGAGUCGGGUGUGGCAUGGAAGCACAUAUAUGGCUUGGAAAAUCCUCAAUGGAUACAAGUUGCGUGACGAAUUGUGACCACUACAAUGAUAUUAAAAACGGGUCAUGCGAAGGCUCUGGGUGUUGCAUAGCAUCAUCUUUUCCUAAAGGCGAAACAACAGUUAUCUAUACAGCUAGUGAUUACACGGUAUCCAGUUAUAGUAAAUGUGGUCAUGGUUUCAUGGUAGACCCGACCAAAUAUAACUUCAACGUUGGGGAUCUUAGCACUAUGAGCAAUGACAUAUCUUUCCCGGUGGUUCUUGAAUGGUUUGCCGGCAAUAGUUCUUGUAAAGACACAAUAUUGGACAAUUCAACCUACUUGUGCAUUGGGAAAAGUGUUUGCCAAGAUGGAGAAAGGGAAAACGGUCACCCUGGGUAUCGUUGCGUAUGCUCUGAUGGAUAUAGUGGAAACCCAUACGUCAAUGAUGGAUGUCAAGAUGUAAAUGAGUGUGAAUCUCCAGAACUCAAUAAGUGCCCGCGAGGAUAUAAUUGUAAGAACACAGAAGGGAGUUAUAAUUGCGUUUGUCCAAAGGGAUUUCAUGGUGAUGCAAAAAGUGGUGAAGCGUGUACGAAUGGUGCAUUUUUCACCAAAGGUAAAGUUAUGACAACAAUUUUUGGUGUUGCGGUAGCAACUAUAGUCAUGGGUUUGACAUAUUGCGGAAUAAAGAAGUGGAAAAUAAUCAAGGGUAGAGAGGACUUCUUCAAACAAAAUGGUGGAAUCAUGUUACAAAAAGCAUUAUUUUCAGGGAAAAAUCGUGUCAACAAUAAUGCGAUGAUAUUCACCAAUGAAGAACUGAAGAAGGCCACCGACAACUUCAGCGAGACCAACAUUAUAGGCCAAGGUGGCUAUGGUGUUGUUUACAAAGGAAUCUUAGCAAACAAGAUGACUAUAGCCAUCAAGAAGUCUAAGUUAAUUGAUCAAAGUCAAAUUAAUCAGUUCGUGAAUGAGGUGAUCAUUCUAUCAAAAAUCAAUCAUCCAAACAUUGUAAAACUCAUUGGUUGUUGCUUAGAGACACACGUUCCGUUGCUUGUCUACGAGUAUAUAACCAAUAACACCUUAUUCCACCACAUACACAACGAAGCGAUGAUGAGCUUUGAAACACGAUUAAAGAUAGCCACAGAAACUGCUCAAGCUCUUUCUUAUAUGCACUCGGCAACAAAAAUUAUCCAUAGAGAUGUCAAGCCCUCAAACAUACUACUAAAUGAUGAAUUCUCUGCCAAAGUUUCGGAUUUUGGAAUUUCAAGAUUUGUCCCUCUUGAGCUACUUACUGGAACAAAAAUUCAUUCCUUAGAGAUUUCAUUAAAUAUAUAUAGGGGAGCUGCAGCAUAUCUUACUUCGUUGUUGGAAAGAAACACAUUGUUUAAAGUUCUUGAUAAACAGCUUAAGAGUGAGGUAUAUGCUGAGGUGGUAAAAGGUGUUGCUAAAAUAGCAAUUAACUGCCUUGAUCUUGAAGGGAAGAACAGGCCUACAAUGAAAGAAGUAGUAACUGAGCUGGAGCACCUAAGAUCUGUGUUGUCAUCUAUUGGCACCAAAGGCCAUAUACCACAUUGA